CGUGAUAGAAGUUUUUGAAAUUGAAUUGAAAAAAGUUGAUUGUCUGCAAAUAUGUUUGCUAACCGUUUGUCUGACCUUUCGGACGAACUAGGGGAUACCACGCCAUUGCCUGAACUUACCCUAUAUGAUUUGCUGGAGUCGCCAGCAACGUCUAAAGAGCAAAACAUGGAUGUUGCUGGUAAUAGUGGUAAUGGCGACAAAGAUAGCGAAGACCAGUACGCUGGAAAAAAAUUGGCGUCAACCUCAUCAGGCGAACUGUUGAAUAAUCCGGGGCCAAAGAAGACUCCAAUUGUGCGAAUACUGGAGAACAAACGCCUGACAGCGCCUAUGGGCACAGCCUUAAAAAAUAUGCUAGGUGGUUCUGUUAGGGUAGUAACAGCUCCAACAAAAACGACGCAAACGAUGGACGUUAAAAUCCUAAACAAGCUGCAGACGAAGCCCUUAAAUGCUUUUGGCAACGCGGCUGUUAAAAUCGGGAGCACCACAAUAGCAGCACCAUCAGGCUCAAUCCCACCGCUAACAACCCAGAUGCCCAAAAAUAUAGGCGGUGUCACUAUGACGCAAAUUAAAACAGCUGAUGGCAAAGUGCUUUAUCUACAUAAGUCAUUGCCCGUAUCAGGGGGAAGCACGGCAAAGUUGCCAGUGAAUGCCACAUCUCGCUUGGUGAGCCAAUCUAUUAUUUCUAAAGGUGUUACUCUAAGUGGCACAGUCCCAAUCAAGAGCACCGCGCCGAGCUCGUCAAUAACAGUCAGAGGCUUAACGGCCAUAGGAGCGACUAAAACAACACCAGCAACAUUAUCAAAUCCCUUAACAACAAUAACAACUUCACAAACAUCGGGUUUGGUAAAAAGUCCAUCAUCAGCUGAACCUGCAUCUGUGGCAGGGUCUUCUAAGAUGCCAAUACAAGUGGUGCGCACCGCCGAAGGUAAAAUAAUUAAGCUAAAUCAAGGAGCUCCCUCUGUGCUUCUUAAUUCCAAGUCAACACCGUUGGCUGUAAGAGCUUCAGCUAGUACUGCACCAGCAAUACCAACGGCUGUUUUAAGCAACAGUAGCAGUAGGCUAAUAAACAAGCCUUCUACGCAAGUGAUCAUAAAGGGACCGCUGAAGCAGCUACCGGCAGGCUCAUCACUUAAGCCUGUCAACAACAAUACAGGCAGCGGCAGUAUUGCAACUAGCAGCGUUAACACCAGUAGCAGCACAGCAUCAGUAACAACAGGGGCAACAAUGCCAUCCGGUAAAAUGCUGGUUCAAAGCUCUACGGGCAAACAAAUUGUUGUGGCCAGUAAAAACAUUAUUAAGCUAUCGCCGAAGCCAUCCGGAAAUGCAACGACCAAUACAAAUACCAAUACCACGCCUAGCGGUCUGCAUGCCAUUCAAUUAUCAGGAAAAAGCGGUGUGCAGUAUGUGCGCGUUUUACCCAACAAUAACACUGAGCCGACAACUAGUCCACAGAAGGUAUCACUCGGGCGUCCACGCACGAGCAGCAACAGCAACAACAACUCAACUGUAUCUGUCAGCAACACCAGCAAAAUAGUUAUGAAAACAAUGGGAGGUAGCAUCGUGCCGCUACCGUCCAUGCAAACUUUGGUGCCCAGGCGAGCACCUGGCGCGACUUCUAACUCAGUACACGCUAAGACCCCAAACAACAGCAAUAAUUUGGAGGCCACACGCAAGCAUCGCCUAUCCGAUAUAAAUUUGCAAAUAAAGCAUUUGACAAACGAUAGCACUGGCGAAACUGGAGGACCGGACGCAAAAAAGGCACGGUAUGUUAUUGCCAUGCCCCACACUUCGACGGCAUCAGCUACGACGUCAACGACAACAACGCCAGCGUCCCAAAAACAUAUGCAGAAGUUGACAGGAACGCGGCCACCACAAAUGCAACGUGUUACGGUGCAGGGCGCCAAGGUUGCAGACCAAGGACGAAAGGUCUACAAUCUGGUGACAAAAAGCGACGCCAAUGGCGUCAAGUAUAUGAUCUGUAACAAGGGAGGCGAGGGAAAACCACGCACAGUCUUCAACACCACAAUGCGACGUGGCUAUACGCUUGCCGAAUCAAAGCUGCGUCGUCCUGUGACGCUUACUCAGCAGCAGAUGCGCUUCAAGCAAAUGAAACUGCAGCAGCAGAGACAGAUUGUUGCGCAGGCCAAGUUGCGACAACAACACCUACAGAAACAGCAGCUGUCUAACCAAGCAAAACAACAACAACAACAGCAGCAGCAAAUAGUAAAGUCUAAAUCAACGCAGGAUAAUAAAUCAACUGUGCCGGCCAAGCCACUAUUUGAUAUACUAAAGCCGCCGCCAACACCGGCUCCUGCAGCAGCAGCUGCAGCACUUGAUGCACUAGGCGGAUCCCGAAGAAAACAUUGCAACUGUAGCAAAUCUCAAUGCUUGAAACUUUACUGUGACUGCUUUGCCAAUGGUGAAUUUUGUCAGGAUUGCACCUGUAAGGAUUGCUUCAACAACCUGGAUUAUGAGGUCAAGCGAGAGCGAGCCAUACGAAGCUGCUUGGAGCGGAAUCCCAGUGCAUUCAAACCCAAAAUUACGGCACCCAAUUCCGGUGACAUGCGAUUACACAACAAGGGCUGCAAUUGCAAACGGUCUGGGUGUCUAAAAAACUACUGCGAAUGCUAUGAAGCCAAAAUACCCUGCUCUGCCAUGUGUAAAUGCGUAGGAUGUCGUAAUAUGGAGGAUCGUCCCGAUGUUGAUAUGGACUCUAUGGACAGCCUGGCUGAUGUGAAAUUACCAUCAAAUAAAAUGAAAGAACUAAACGGAACAUAUCUACAGGACAACCGCUCGAAUGUCUAUCUAACAGACGAUGUGAUAGAAGCGACUAUAAUGUGUAUGAUAUCGCGGAUUGUUAUGCAUGAAAAGCAAAAUUUACCAAUAGAGGAUACGGAACGUGAGGUAAUGGAGGAGUUGGGCGAAAGCUUAAACCAAAUUAUUACCUUUGCCAAGGAGAAGAACGAUACAUUUCAUAUGGACGAUACCAAGACGAUGGCUUAAAAAUAGAGCUUGAAAUCUAUUUAUAUUACAUUUUAAAGCUUCUCAAUUUUCAGUCUUGAUGCACAUACUAUAUUAUUUUUUAAGUUCAAAGCGAUCUGACCUGUUUAUUUUUUCCAUUUUUAAUGUCUCUUAAAUAAGCUUUUCAAAAGUUGACCUUAAAGUGUAAAGUGCAAAUAAAUUAUUAACUUUAUGCAAUUGCAUGUAAAUAGCAUUUACAAUAGCAGUAGCAAAUAUAAGAACAACUCUAUCUUAUGGUAUCGUUUUUAAACGCUUUAUGCAAAUAACACCCAAUAUAUCGUGUAUGUAAAUAAAUUUAAAUUCAAUAAAGCA